UACAACCGUCAACAUCGACACGGGACACAUCAUAACAGAGCGCAUUUCCAUUUACUAGACUAGAAAAAUACAAUAAUAAAAAGAACAAAAACAAAUAACGUACAAUUUCAAAAAAAAAACAUACUCGCAUACAAACACACUACCAGAUAACGGUUACUUUAAAGUGAGUGAAUGUAUGUGUGAGAGAGUAUACCAAAAAAUAGCCAGUGCUUAAAUAUGUUAUAACAAUGCUGUUGCUAAUUUCGUAAAAAAAAUAAUUGUGGUUUUUUUUUUGAGAGCAAAACACAAAAGAAGCAAACACGCCGCAGUUAAAAGCCAAAAAAGGGCAGGUGCUUGAAAAUUGUGAUGAAGAACUAAUAAAAUAGAAAUACAAUUUUUAACACAGAAGAUGCUUAGGAAGGCUAUUACAACAAUGUUUACAACAUACUCUGUAACCUAAUGGACUUUUUAAAUGAAAUACGUGCAAUUAUUUCGAUAAAUAUAACGGAAAACGAUGUCAAAAAUAUAUAUUAAAAAAACAAUUAAAUAAAUGUCACUCUACUGAAGAAGACGGAGAAGGAGAUAAUUAUAAUAAAGGAAGUACAAGUGUAAAAAAGAAAAUUAAUGAUAAUUUAAAAUUAAGCAAAUGUUAAUGAAAUAAAAGCCAAGGGACGUCAUAAAGAGAAGAGACCAGAGCCAAACGUUUGUCAUCAAUUUGGCGUUGCUGUAGUUGACUGACUCAUGCUUAUUUUUAUGAUUUUGUGCUUUAUUUGGAGAAAUGAAAAAUUUGUUGAUGUUUAAUUGAAAAACCAAAUAAAUUUCUUUCGUUUUUGCUGUUACGUUUAGCUCUGUUUUACGUGGAAAUAUUUAAAUGAAAUUUCUCUUACAAACAACAACUAUUACUGCUGUUACAACAAAAGUAUAUUAAACAGUAAAACGGGAAGAAUUAGAGAAAGGAAAAAAAUUGUGGUGACAUGGUGUUAAAGAAAUAAUAAUAUUGAAUUCUACCAGCACAGCCAGAAGAAAACAAGAAACGUGACUUAAAUUUUGAUUUCGAAAGAAAAAAUAAAAGAAAAUUUGUCAACACAACCAACCAACCCUGCUGUAUGUCAACUAAUGAACAUCACGUUGAGUAAAUACAGCACCGCAGCGAAAAACUUAUAUUUUGGAAUUUUAUUCAUGCUUUUGGGCUGACAUUACUGUUACCUGGUAACCUAAAGAGCGAGAGAGAGCGACGAAACAUUAACAAAAUGUUAAAUUUAAAUUAAGUAUAAAAAUCGCAAAAAAAAAACGCUGUCAAAUUAUUACAAUCAACAGAAAAAUAUAUAAAAAAUCAAGCUUUUAAAGCCACAACAACAAAAACUACCACCAUCAGGAGUAACAUAAGAAUCUUAUUUACCCUCCCAAAUAAACAGCUUAUUUCCAUUUUUUGGGUCUGAGCUUCAUUUACCAAAACAUAAACAUGUCAUUUAAAUGCCAAAUUUUUCAAACAAGAUUGACAUUCAACAAUAAUGUCUUUGUAAAAAACUGUGAUGUUAGAUUAAUAAUAAUUUUAUGUGUUAUUAGCGCCAUAUUGCCAAUCAUAAGAUGUGCCAAAUUAGAGAAUCCCCAAAUUAGACUUCUCAUCAAUGAUGACGAUUUGCUGCAAGAGAAAACCAAUAUACAUGAGGCGGGUUCGGCAAGUGCCGCCAGCCAGCAUGACAACAGUGGAGAGCAUUUCAAUUUAUAUCGCAGUGAGUUAAAACGUCUAUCAUACGAGACGAUACAUCGUAUACUGAGAGAUGAAAAUGAGCCCAGCUAUCGGAGAGAGGAUACGGAAUUAAGAUAUUAUCAAAAACGUUCACCCAGUUAUGAGGAGAGCCAUCAGUUGAUUAAACGUUCUACCAAGGAGAAGGACAUAGUGCUCAAUUUAAGUCAACAAAACUUAACCGAGUUUCAGCUUACGCCUCAGUUACAGAAACGUUUGAAUUUGGUGUCUGUCUUAGAUUUGAGUCAUAACUAUAUAGCUAAACUUAAUACUUCAGUUUUCACUAACAUAACCUCCCUCAACACUCUCAAUUUGCAAAACAACUCUUUUACUGCGAUACCUCUCUCCCAGGGCACAACUUUGAGAACACUUAAUCUCAACAACAAUUUAAUCAAAACCUCUUUAUUACCCUCCAACAUCUAUCUGCGUAAUCUUUAUCUCUCCAGCAAUCUAAUAGAGAAUCUUUCCUCAAUAGAUUUUUCUUUGCUAAAGAAUCUGGAAUCUCUAGACAUUUCUCACAAUCUUUUACAAAAUUCAGAGUCUUCCUUUUUCAAUCAGCGCAUGCAUAAUCUGAAACAUUUAAAUUUGGCCUUUAACCAAUUGGGCUCCAUAUAUCGUGAAACAUUUUACAACCUGUUAAGCCUAAACACUUUGCUGCUGUCACACAACAAUAUCAGUGAUAUAGAUUACGAAACAUUUUUGGCUUUGCCAAAUCUACAAUAUUUGGAUUUAUCUUUUAAUGGUUUAAAGGGAAAAUCCAUUAGAGCUUUGCAGGGUAUAACGGGAUUGGUAGCUUUGAAUAUAGCAUUCAAUCCGGAGAUAGGAGCUUAUAUGCAAGAAUUUGUUGCCUCGUGGAGUUUGAAAGAAUUGGAUGCUAGUGGUACUGGUUUAUGUCAAAUACCCGCUGCUUUGGCUCAAUCGGUGAGAUCACUGAAGUUGACACAUAAUUGGUUGAAGGUCAUCAACUGUGGCGAUUUAGACAGUUAUCCCUUAUUACAAUACUUGGAUUUAUCAUUUAGCCACAUAGAGCAUAUUGAAGAUGAUGCCUUGGGCCGCUUGGAAAUUUUAGAGAUUCUCAUGUUAGAUCACAAUAAAUUAAGCAAAGUACCCAUUAGUCUACCCAUUUCACUGGAGCAUUUAUUUUUACAAAAUAAUGAUAUAAUGGAAAUACCUCAACAGGCUUUUCAGGGUCUUAAUAACUUAAAAACAUUAGAUUUGUCACACAAUAAACUGCUGUAUUUGCCUGAUAUUAUGCUGCCAAAAUUACAGACACUAAAUCUACAAUCCUCGGAAAUAAGAGGUAUAAGUCAGGGUAUUAUACACUCUUUGCCAAAGUUAAAUGAUCUAAUGCUGGAGGAUAAUCCCAUUAAAUGUGCUGAUCUCUUGGGUAUAGCCGAAUGGGCCAGCACCUGUCGUUUAAGGGUGGAAAAGGAGCAGGAAGGUGAGGAUGAGCAGGAUGAACAAGAAAAUUUUGUAAUUAAAAUACAAGAUUUAAAGAAUAAAUUUGAAAAAAUGCAUAACUUUUACGAACAAUUUGGUUUAAAUACUUCUACGCUGAAUAACAGAUUAUUGAAUGACUUAAAACCUCCCGCUUGUGUACAAGAGAAUUCUGUGCAAAACAUAGUUAAGAACCAAAAUCUAGAGAUUGGAGAUAAAAAGAAAUUCAAGUCAACAUCUCUUGCCUUAAAUAAACCAUUGGAGGAAACAAACUUUAAUCAAAAUUCUAUGAAUUCCAGUCCGUUAUUAUCAACAACAACAGCAGCUACUGUCGAAAAAACUUCAAGACAACACAAUAAUAAUCAAACAGAUACAGAAAGAAGACGCAAGGCAGUUGAAAGCGUAGAAGAGCUGCAACAAAAACUUGAAGAUGAAACUGCAGUAAAAACAAUUACCAUAGAAAAUCCCAUACAAACUUUGCCAGCAACAAUGCAGUCAAGCAUUUUAAAUGAAAAACAAACCCCUAAUACAACCACAAAAAGUUUUAACUCGAAUGCAACCACUACAACAACUGUUGUUGCAUCAACUUCAGUCAUCGCUACCAUUUCCAACAAACUAAAGACUGCAGGAAAUGAGGGGCCAGAGGAAGAAGACAUUGUUGUUAAACCUACAUUUACAAACGAAAUGAAAACAUUUGAUCACUUGACUGCAAAUGCAGAUGCUGUUGCCACAACAACGUCGGCAGCAGUCAUACAACAACAUGAAAUUGCAUCAAUAGGAAAUACUCCAACAGUAAGUUCUUCAAAUAUGACAGAAGUAGUUAAAGCUGUGCUAAAACAUACUAAAGAAGCAGAACAACAACUUGAAGAUGUGCAACAUAGAACAACUUUUCGAACAAAAAAAUCGAAAAAGUGGCUGAAACAAACAACCCCACUAAAAGGUGGGGAUGACAUAGAAAUGCCACAAAACAUGGAAAUUUUGUUAAAGCAGGACAAAACUAAAGAUAUAAAUGCAGCACAAUUUAUAAAAUCGACAACAUUUGCUACGCCAAUAAAUUCUGAAACACAAGCAACCACAAUAGUCCCCCCAACACCAACAUCGGCGGCACUAACAACCACAACAAUGGAUGCGCAGAGAUGGGCUGGUGAAGGGGUGCCACAAGAAAAAGAUGUAGAUGUUUUAGAUUUUGAAAGUACAACAAGCAAAUUGGAGAUAAAUCUUGAACGUAACGAAAAACAACAGCAUGAAAUUAAAACAAAAAAUGCCACUACAAAAGAGAUUAAAUCUUCAGCAACAAUAAACCCCAAAAGUAUGCAAACAAAACUAACUGACACAGUAGUUACAACAACGGCAACAACUAUAAAAGCUCUACUUGAGUCCGCAACAACAAACAAAAGAAUAUCUGAAAAAGCAUUAAUUUUUUCCCCGGAACUAACAGCCAAUUUAGAAAAACCCAAUAAAGAGUUGAAUGGAUUUACACAAACCACCCACAGCAUCACCACAACAACUAACUCGCAUCUCUCGACUACACAAACAAUGACAAAAAAUUUUCCUAACAAUAAAACUACUACAACAGCAACAAAAUCAACAACCGACAAACCAUUAAAAGAAGAGAAACAUGCAGUAGAAACAACUACAAGUACUACUGCAGCAAUAUUAAAAACAUUCAAGACAAUUGAGCCAAAAACAACAGCAACAACUAUCCCUACUACUCUGGUUAAAGAUAAAGAUUUAGCAUCAAAUUACAAUGACAAAAAUAGACAAAUAUCUAAAACUAUAAAUAAAAACAACAAGAUUUUAAUAGAAACUACAACAAAUAGUAACAUUACCAGCAGCACCAUCAUCACCAGCAGUACAACUACAAGUGGAAAUAAUAAAAACAAUCAAAUUGCAAAGACAUUUGAUAUUACAACUACUAACUCAACUGCAUCAGCAGCAACUACUAUGGCCAUCAACAACAUUGUCGACCACCAGCAGCAGCAACAACAGCAACAGCACAAUCCAGCUCAUAUCUCAGAUAUUGUAAUGCCACAUUAUCAUCAGUCUUUAGAAAAGGAUGUCAAUGUUAAAUGUAUGCAAUCAAAUUCCAAUG